AUGACUGUAGAUACUGUUCUAAAGGCUGUCAAUAGUGAUAAGAAUGUAUCCUCUGCGACUAAAGAUCUAGAAAGAGUGCUCGAUGCCAGAGAGCCUGUUACAGAUGACGAAUCAGUAUCAAAAACAUUAGGCGGGACUGUCGAUUUGCCCGGCGUACCUUCAACUGUCGUACGUGUCAGUGACUGGGUGAACAAGAUACAUACUGACACCGAUUCGAGUACCGCUGUUGGCAAAACAAACAGCUGUACAGACACAGAUGAUAACUUUCUCCGAAGACAGAAAUCGCCGACAAAGAAACAUAGUCUAACACAGUUUAAGAAGAGAAAGAGACCAAUUAUCACUAAUCCUAAAACAAAAUCCAGCAAGCGAGCAAAAAUGAUGGCCCAGGGUGUAAAUAUGACUUACCCUCGCACGAAACAUAACGUUAACAAUAACACGAUAUACACGGCUGAGGGCGGCACUACUAAUAUAUUCAACAAACAAUAG